AUGUCUUUCCAAGGUCUGAUCUCAGGAUCCGAAUGUGCGGCUCCAGCAAACCCUCUCUCUCAAGUGCUCAAACACACUGAGGGCGACCGUAGUUUGCAACAAGACAGGAUCUCUGGACCUUCCACUCCUCGACUUCACUACCUUCCAGGCAGUUCUUCAUCGGUGCCGGCGAAUGAGCAAGAUAUAGCACUCGCGCGGCAGUUUUUCGAGGGAAACUCCUCCGGCCACGCAAUGGCUCCGGCAUUUUCGAUGCCACACCCUGCCGAACUUGCUCGAAUAAACGAGAUGGCAGCCCGUCCCGGGAUCAGCGAGCACUGGGCACUAGAACAACAACAAAUGCGGGGCUUGGAUGAUCCGGCCAAGGCAGCUGCAUGGGCAACUGAAUUUGGAAAUACACCGCAGGCAAGUGUUGCACCCACCGCGCAACAGAACAUAGCGGGACCAGAAUUCCAACAUCAACGUUCUUAUAUGUCGCCCUUGUACGGAAGCCCUAUGCCGAUGGGGAUGUAUGGAAUGGGUGCUACAGGCAUGCAGUAUGGAAUGAAUCCAAAUUUCAGCACCGUUGUCCAGGGAAAAGGGAAAGAAAAAGAAGUGGAUUUUGAGACCGCUUUUGCUCAAGUCAUCGACUCAUUGGAGCCAGCCCAGUCAUCCACUUCCCGUAUCGAAGAAGUGGACGACGGCGUUCAGGAAAUCGAGGAAUCUCUUCGAGCAGCUGCCAUAGACGGACACGUCACUGAAGGCGACUUCCAGAAGGUCUGGGAGGAACUGCAAAAUUCAGAGCACCCACCUCCUAAAGAAGAUAUCGCGAAAUGGGAAGCAGAGUUCUCCCAACUCAUGAGCGCACAGCGGGAUGAAUUAGAAGAUUAUGGGAAGAAUAUGCAAAAUGCAUGGGAAGGCGGUGUUGGAAACUACGACGGAAAUCUCGGUGAUAAGCCGAUGCAGUUCGAUGCCGAAGGUAUCCCUGUUUUAGGAGACUAUGUGUUUGAACGAAACAAUAAUUUCUUGGACCCGUCUCCUUCACGUUCACUCCUGAACGAAGCGAAGGCCCUACUUGAGCAGAAUGGCUCCCUGUCAGAGGCUGCUUUGAUGCUGGAAGCUGCUAUUCAACGCGGAGAACUUGGCGAAGGGAGUUAUGAAGCAUGGAUUCUCCUUGGAGAAACCAGAAACAUGGACGAAAGAGAAGAGGCCGGUAUGCGAGCUCUUCUACAAGGAGUGAAGAGAGCGGAGGAGAGUGGAACCCCUGGCCCUGGAAUGCUUUCACUAGCGAUUUCAUUUACGAAUGAAUCGUACGACCGAGCUUCUCAUUCGAUGCUUCUGCGGUGGUUCAGAACCCGUUAUCCGGAUGUGUCAGUACCAGAAGAGACCGCCAGGGCUAUGAUCACUAAUUCAGCAUGGGAUACACACGGUCGUAUCACCGAAUUGUUUCUCGACCUUGCUCGAACCCAGCAUGGGCAGAACAAAAUGGAUGAGGACCUGCAAAUAGCAUUAGGAGUCCUGUUCUACACCAAUGGAGAGUACGAACGCGCACAAGACUGCUUCGCCGCAGCUUUGAAUGUCCGGCCGAAGGACUAUUUACUCUGGAACCGAUUGGGUUCCUCACUGUCGAAUGGAAACAAACCCGAGGAAGCCCUCGGUGCCUAUCGUGAAGCCCUCCAGUUGCGCCCAACCUACACUCGCGCUAUUUACAAUGUCGGAGUUGCUUGCCUAAAUAUUGGUGCCGACAAGGAGGCAGCGGAGCACUUCCUCAGUGCUCUCAGUCUCCAAGAGUCGACCGGAGGAGACACCAGCGACCAACUAUGGUUCACUCUUCGUCGUGCCUUGCUAUCCAUGCAACGGUCUGACCUCGCCGACCUCGCCAAACCCGAAGCAAAGAGCAACCUCGAACUUUUCCGAAAAGAAGGUUUCGACUUCUAG